AUGGCGUGUGGCAAGCACGUUUUCCUCGAUCAAGAGCGAAAGUCGGAGGUUCGAAGACGAUCAGAUACCGUCGUAGUUCCGACCGUAAACGAUGCCGACCGGCGAUCCGCCGGCGUUCGCUUCCAUGACCCGGCGGUGCGCCGAUGUGUGUGUUUAUUCAACGGCGGGCUCGGCGUUCAUCGCAGCGCCCGGGUCCGGGUCGGUUUUCUCACGCACUUCUUAGAGGGACGGGUGGCAGAAAGCCACACGAGGCGGAGCGAUAACAGGUCUGUGAUGCCCUUAGAUGUCCGGGGCCGCACGCGCGCUACACUGGAGGGAUCGGGGCCUGUAACCAACCCCGUGAACGAGGAAUUCCCGGUAGGCGCGGGUCAACAGCCCGCGUCGAUCACGUCCCUGCCCUUUGUACACACCGCCCGUCGCUACUACCGAUCGAACGGUCCGGUGAGGUCCUCGGAUCUGGCCGACGACGCCGCCGGGCAGCGUGCACGUGGCGCAGCGGCUGCGGUCUCCGCCGCCGUUUCACGCGCGUGUCGUACUCGCCUCGGCGUUCGAUGCCUGGAGAAGACGACCGAACCCGAUCGUUUAGAGGAACAAGCGAGCGGCGUGUACCGCCGUCAAGAGACCGCCGCCGUCACGACUGGUCGGUCGCGGGUAGCACGUUAUUCGUCGGCGAAACAGGGUUGGGGGGAAAGCUUGCGCUCGUUUCGCGGCAGCAGUCAAAAAGAAAUGGCCGCGCCACCGUCGCAUGGACGGCCUCGCCUCCUUGCGUCUGCUGCUGCUGAUGCUGCUCCUCCUCCCUACUCGUCCGACAAAAAAUAUCCUCUGCUCUCUGCGCGAGACGGGCGCCCGUCUCCAGCCGUAUUACGUCCAGCCGUCCCGUUUCACGUACCGCCGCCGCCGCCGCCGCCGCCGUUGCUGCCGCCUCUACGUCCCUGUGCGGGGAGGUCGAGUUCGGAUAGAUGCGCACGCGAUUCGAGGAGCGCUGCCGCUACCGCCGGCCACGAUCGCGAGACGGAUGCCGCCGACCAGCCUCCGUCUCCCGCCGACGUCGACGUGGUCACGUGUACGGUCCUGGCCGCCGUCUAUGUCCCCGACAAAUUUGUGGUGGUUGCCGGGGUGCCAUUUCCAAAUUUCUAUCUAUCUAUCUAUCUAUCUAUCUAUCUAUCUAUCUAUCUAUCUAUCUAUCUGUUUCAGUUCAUAUUUAUCCGUUUACUCAUCUAUCUAUCGAUUUUUAUUACUAUUUCGUGA